ACCAGUCGCGUACGAGACACAACUGCGUCAGUUCAGGAUUCAAUACUGUUUGGUCGCCCAGCGCUUAAAAUGAGGUCUUUGGUUGCAACAUUUAUUGUUUUGUUCCACACAUGUCACGCACAACUGUCUGGAGAAUGUGGACUAAUUCAGCCCAAGGGAGUAAUGGUUGGCUCAUCGACUUCAUCUGACGAUGUGAUCCCGUGGUUGGCAACGAUUUAUAGCACAACCCUCCACGCCAACAUCUGCGGAGCGACACUGAUCAACAACCAGUGGGUCAUAACAGCCGCACACUGCCUUGAGACAUCUGGCAUUACAAUGAACACCCUCAGAGUUUACCUCGGCAAUUCCAACUCGUACAGGGUUGAACGGAUUAUCGUACACCCGGAUUACAACGUUGAUUCCCCGCUGGAUUCUGACAUCGCUCUUGUUAAACUGGAGAAACAAGUAUCUUAUGCAUAUAAUAUCCUUCCAGUAUGUCUUCCACAUACUGGAGAAGUGAAACAAAGACUGAAUGUCGGAGUGUCUGGAUGGGCUGCAGGUAUGGCUACAGAUGGGGAGAGCAAUGAUGUGCCAUUGCCGCACCAGACUCGACUUGAGGUGAUGGAGCGACACACAUGUAAACAACAUCGAUCGGAGACGAUUACUGAUAAAAUGUUCUGUGCAGCACGACCGUCGAGCGAUUACGAAAAAGACGUAUGUCUCCAUGACAACGGUGGAUCAUUUACAAAGAAGUGGAAUGGCCGUUGGUAUUUGUUGGGAAUCACCAGUUUAGGAAUCGGAUGCUCAUCUUCAAACUCCCCUGGAGUAUAUGCGGCUUUCUAUUGGUUCAGCGACUGGGUCAUUGGCAUAACAGCAAGUGGGGAACAAGGGUGUAUAAUGAUCAAUGUUGGAGCCGGGUCUGAAGAACAACUGAUGGACAAAGAUACCGAGAUCAAAGAAUUACAGUUGGAAGUUGCAGAGUUGAGAGCAGAACUCGAUGUCUGUCAUGCUUCCAAUGGAGAUGAGCAACCAAGAGACUGUAACGAAGUUUUCGACAAUGGUCACUGUAGGAGUGGAAUUUAUAGUAUUUACAUGGCGGAUCAAACAUCGAUGAAAGUAUACUGUGAUAUGGAGACCGACGCGGGUGGGUGGACGGUUAUCCAAAGACGGAAAGAUGGAACAGUAGACUUUUACCUCGAUUGGGAUGACUACAAAAACGGAUUUGGAUUCCUGAGUGGGGAAUUCUGGCUGGGUAAUGAGAAGAUACACAGUAUGUUGAGUCAAGGUCGUCAGUAUCAACUAAGAAUUGACCUACAAGAUUUUGAUGGUCAAACAAGAUACGCCCUCUAUGACCUUUUCCAAGUCGCAGAUGAAUCCGAUAACUACAGGCUGAUGAUAGGAUCGUACAGUGGUUCAGCCGGUGAUUCCAUGCAUUACCACAAUGGUAGCCAGUUUAGCACAAGAGACCAAGAUAACGACGUGUCCGAAUCGACGCACUGUGCAAAUGUCUAUGGCGGUGCCUGGUGGUACAGAGCAUGUUACUUCGUCAACCUGAAUGGCCAGUAUUUUAGUAAGAAGGAAAACCGAAAGCGGCACAGUGAGGGAAUCGUCUGGCGUUACUGGAAAGGCCUGUACCAUUCGUUGAAAAGGGUGGAAAUGAAAAUCAAGCCAAUAUUAUAGACCAUACACGCAUAAUAUAUUAUUUACGUACUACGUGUGACAUUUAUUAUAUUCAAAGUUUGGAGCGAAUGGACUACAUUUGUUAGUCUUAAAGUUCAACAUUAAUCUUUAUGAAUAAAAAUGUGAUAUUAUAAACACAA